AUGUAUGAGGUAGAUCCUGAUGUUGUAAGAUGGGGCCUCCAUCUCGUAGAUGUCUGCUCUCUUUCAAACAAUGGUUCUCCACAAACUCUCACGUGUUAUGCGGAGGACUUCUCUUGGACCCAGUCCGUGACUGAAGGUUUUUGUAGCCCAAAUGUGGAAAGUGACGAAGUUAUUGCCUACACUCUUCAGGAAGAACUAUCAAGGGCUUCAGAUGGAUCUGGAUUUACAUGUGCUGAAAAACAAUAUCAAGAUGAAAGUAUUCUUGCUCAGGACUGGGUUAGACCUUCGGGACUGCACUCAAUUUCUGAGUUUCAGUCUAGUCAAGAAGAGGAGAAGAGAGAAACUGUUUUAACCGAUCUUGAAAGAUUAUCAGUUGAUGGUGAUCAGCAAGGUAUUUUACCUGAAAUAGAAGAUGAGACAGAUAUUGAUGGUGAAUUGGGCAAAAGGCUGAAUCAGAUGGUGGCUGUUCCUCAUGUUCCAAAAACUAAUGGAGAUUUACCAUCAGCAGAUGAAGCCACAUCAGAUCAUCAAAGACUUCUGGACCGUUUGCAGUUAUAUGAGCUAACUGAACUCAAGAUAUUGGGAGAUGGUAACUGUCAGUUCCGAUCCUUAUCGGAUCAAAUAUAUCGGACUCCAGAGCAUCAUAAAUUCGUAAGAGAGCAAGUAGUCAGCCAGCUGAAGUCUCAACCUGAAUUGUACGACAAUUAUGUGCCUAUGGCUUAUAGCGACUACUUGAAGAAAAUAAGCAAAAGUGGGGAAUGGGGUGAUCAUGUGACACUGCAAGCUGCCUCGGAUUGCUAUGGCAUCAAGAUCUUUGUGAUUACGUCGUUUAAGGAUACAUGCUACAUCGAGAUUCUUCCACAAACUGAAAAGUCAAAUAGAAUUAUAUUCUUGAGCUUUUGGGCUGAGGUGCACUAUAAUUCAAUCUAUCCAUUAGGAGAAGUUCCGGUUGUGGAGAGUAAGAAAAAGAAACGGCGGUGGUGGGGCGUGAAUUAA